GGUUUUACGUGCUGAGAUAGUCAUAGGCGCACGCAUCCUCUCUCUCUCUCUCACUGUCUGCUGUCACCCUUGCGUGAGCAGAAGCUCUAAUUCCGUUUCUAGUUUGGUUUUGAGUGAAAGAAUCUGUUACUUCUCUCUGUUUUUCCUCAUCUGCCCCUGCAUUUUAUUCUCUCUGAUCCCUCAACCCCUCCUUUUCUUGUGAAAUUAUAAAGCAAAAGAGAACAAAAAAUUACAAAAAAUAUAAAAAUAAAUCCACAUAUUCCGUUCCAUAUAUCUGCGUGAAAGAAGAGAGAAGUAAGCAAGACUCUUUACUACCUUUGUUUCUCUGCCUCCACAUGGUAUUUGCAUUUGAAAGCGAGGAUUUUAAUGCUUUGAGAAGAGAUUGAGGUGGUUUACUUCCACAUUUGCUGAGAAAAUGGAGGGACAUUCAAGGGAAGGAGAGUCCUGCCAGCAGUUUCUUGAUCUGAUUCCUAAUGAAAGGGAUUGGUUGGUAAGGGAUAGAGGAUCCUUUCAAGUUACAGAGGAGAAAAAGCUGGAGCUGAGGCUCGGGCCACCUGGGGAUUGGAUUUCCAAAGAAAACUGUAACAGAGAAAGACAUGAGGAAUCUCUCCUCUCUCUUGGGUAUUUUCCAAAGGCUCCCAAGAACGGCAAUCCUUCUGCUGGUGCAAAGAGGGGGUUUUCUGAUACAGUUGUCGCAGAAACAGGUGCAGAUAGCAAUUCAAACCACAAGGUUUCCUCUCAGAAGCCAGCGGUCUUGUUUCAACCCCCUCCUUGGUCUUCUUCUCCAUCUGCUUCUGCUUUCCAGAAAUCUGCAUUCCUCCAGUUCCAAAUGCAAUCAAUUCCAAGCUUGCCUGUCCUGGGGAAGGAAUCCUCACAUGCAAAUGCCUCAAAGGUUGAGAUGCAGCAGGCCCAUGAGAAGAACCCAUGUUCUUCAGCUUCUGUAAAUGCAAAUGCAGCUGUAGCCAGUAACUCUCAGACAAGAAACAGAACUGCCUCUGUUCCUGUUGUGGGGUGGCCUCCAAUCCGUUCCUUCCGGAAGAACAUCGGAAACAGCUCAUUGAAACCAGCUUCUGAAUCGCAAAAUGGAGUUUCUGAACCCAAAGAGAAAAAUGAAAAUUGCCGGAAAGGUUUGUUUGUGAAGAUAAACAUGGAUGGGGUUCCAAUUGGUAGAAAGGUAGAUCUCAAGGCCUAUGACAGUUAUGAGAAACUAUCUUGUGCUGUAGAUGAGCUCUUCAGGGCCCUUCUUGCAGCUCAAAGAGAUUCUACUGCUGCUGGAAAUCAGAACACUGCAGAAGAACUGCCUCCAAUCACAGGUUUAUUAGAUGGAAAUGGAGAAUAUACUUUGGUUUAUGAAGACAAUGAAGGAGACAGGAUGCUGGUUGGUGAUGUUCCAUGGGGCAUGUUUGUAACUACGGUGAAGAGGUUGCGCGUUCUGAAGAGUUCGGAACUUUCUGCACUCCAUCUCGGGAGCCGGAAACAGGAAAAUACAUCGCUGCCGGAUACCGAAGUGAGAUGAAGAGGGUGGUUUUCUUGAUCUGGGUUUUGGGCAUUUUGACAUCUUUAUCUUGUUUAUGGGAAAAAGAUUGGAGCUGUAACUGUAAGGGUUUUUCUUUUUCUCGGUGGAAUGGAUUUGGUUUUCUGUUUUCCUCCCUCUUUUUGGGGGAUUGCAAAAGUGCUUCAGAGGAAAAUAUAUCAGCAGUAUUUGGAUAUUUAUAUAUCUAUAUGCAUAUAUAUACAGUACAUUCUGUAAUAACAAAUGUUUUCGUUGUUUGAUA